AUGGCACCCCAACCGCCCCCGAUGCUCUCCAGCAUCAACGAGCAGCACAUCGAGUCGACCGCCGAGACCUUUGGCCUGACGGCGGACGAGAUCAAGACACUCAGGCGCCACGCCGUCGACGCCAAGGGCACGGCUUAUUGCCCCUACAGCAAGUUCCGCGUCGGCGCCGUGCUGCUCACCAGCGCCGGCGCCUACGUCUCGGGCGCAAACGUCGAGAACGCCGCCUACCCCGUCGGCACCUGUGCGGAGCGGGUCGCAUUUGGCAAGGCCGUGACCGAGGGUCACCGCGGCUUCAAGGCCGUGGCGGUGGCCACCGAUAUCUCGCCGCCUGCCAGUCCCUGUGGCAUGUGCAGGCAGUUCAUCCGGGAGUUCUGCGAUUUGCGAAUGCCCAUCUUGAUGUUUGACAAGGAUGGAAACUACUGUGUUCUCCGCCUCGAGGAUCUGCUUCCCAUGUCGUUUGGUCCAGAGGACCUUAACGGCACAAGACAGCCUGCGAACUAA